AUGGACGAUACACUCCAAAAAAUACUAACUGUGCUACUUAUUUUGUUCUUCAUCUACUGGCUUUACUACUGUUGCGCAAAAGGCUCAUCUGGCAAGGAUAGCACACAAUUGCUAAGAAUGGGAGGGGCUGGCGAAGGAAUUACAAACCAACCCGAAAACCCGCGUCAGGGUGCUGGUGCCGAAAAUUUACAAGAGCCGGAAAAUAAUCCAGAUUUAUCAAACCAACCAAACAACCCACCAGGAGGACUAGGAGCAGGUGCUUCAGAAAAUCCACAAGAGAUGGCAAAAGAACUGGCCAACCAACCUAGUUUUCCACCCCCACCCGAAGGACGGCUAAGUGCUGGUGCUCCAGAAAAUCCGCAAGAGAUGGCAAAUGGUCCAGGGUUGGUCAAUCAACCUAGUAUUCCACCUGAAGGACGGCCAAAUGCUGGUGCUCCAGAAAAUCCGCAAGAGAUGGCAAAAGGUUCAGAGUUGACCAACCAACCUGGUAUUCCACCCCCACCCGAAGGACGGCUAAGCGCUGGUGCUCCAGAAAAUCCACAAGAGAUGUCAAAUGGUCUAGAAAUGGCCAACCAACCUGGUAAUCCACCUGAAGGACGACAAAGUGCUGGUGCUCCAGAAAAUCCGCAAGAGGUGGCUAAUGGUCCAGAAAUGGCUAACCAACCUGGUAACCCACCUGAAGGACGACAAAGUGCUGGUGCUCCAGAAAAUCCGCAACAGAUGGCGAAUGGUCCUGAAAUGGCUAACCAACCUGGUAAUCCACCUGAAGGACGACAAAGUGCUGGUGCUCCAGAAAAUCCACAACAGAUGGCGAAUGGUCCUGAAGUGGCUAACCAACCUGGUAAUCCACCCGAAGGACGACAAAGUGCUGGUGCUCCAGAAAAUCCGCAAGAGAUGGCUAAUGGUCCAGAAAUGGCCAACCAACCUGGUAAUCCACCCGAAGGACCACAAAGUGCUGGCGCUCCAGGAAAUCAGCAAGAGAUGGCAAAAGGUUCAGAAAUGGCCAACCAACCUGGUAAUCUGCGAGAAAGACGACUAAGUGCUGGUGCUCCAGAAAAUCCGCAAGAAAUGGCAAAUGGUCCAGGAAUUGCGGACCAACCUUAUAAUCUACCAGAAGAACGAAUGGCUGCAGGUGCUCCAGAAAAUCCGCAAGAAGCAGGAAAAUGUUCAGAAUGUGCUGGUGGUUUGUUAGUUGCGGACAAUCCUAAUGACGCAUCACAAGGGCUUCGUGGUGCUGGCGCCUACUCAGAAAAUCCACAGGAGGUGGCAGAAGGUCCAGGUAACUUAUGUAUCUGGGUUUAUUAG